AUGCAAGUGGGUCAGCUACUCUGUGGAGGGUUCGAGGGUGCCACGGUUACGCCACAAGCGUACCAUUUGAUCGUGGAUCUUCAUAUUUCCACCAUGUUCUUGUCGAAGAAGAAUGCUGUUUCCGUCCAGCAGAUGGCCAAACUAAUUCAGGACCUACAAUAUAUUGCUUUCACACGAGGGAACUACAAGUACCCACUAAUGUUUGCCAUUGACGAGGAAGGAGGCAUGAUGAACUCGCUUUUCGAUCCGGAAAACUUGACCCAAUUUCCCUGUGCCAUGGGGUUGGCUGCAACGGGGAACACCGAGUUGGUUUAUAAGGUUCUGAAGGCAUUGGCGACAGAGCUCAAACACAUUGGGUUUCUGAUGAUCCUUGGACCCGUUUUAGACGUUGUCACAAAACUUUCACAUCAACUAGUGGGUGUGCGCAGUUUUGGAACUACCCUUGAAAGUGUCACCCGCUACGGAAUGGCCUGUGCUCGAGGUCUCCAGGACGGUGGUCUUAUUACUAUGGGCAAGCAUUUUCCUGGAAUUGGAAAUGCCACCGUAGACUCGCUUCUUGAACUACCUAUGGUGACCGAUUCCAUCGACUCGAUCAGAAGACUCAAUUGUGUUCCUUUUGCCGAGUUGAUCAAAGAGGGCGUGCUAGAUGGAAUUAGUGCUGCUGGCGCUGGUGUCCCGACCAUAAGUCCCGACGAAGUCCAUGCCUGUUUAUCACCAGUUGUGCUCAACCAGCUUCUUCGUCAGGAACUCAAAUUCGACGGUGUGGUGAUCAGUGAAUGCCUUGAAAUGGACGCUUUACAUCACUCGGUUGGCUUGGGUCAAGGGGUCAUUUUGGCGGUGUUUGCAGGCUGUGAUCUCGUCAUGGUCUGCCACGACCCAAAUCUACAGAAUGAAGCCGCCGACUCGUUGGAGAAGGCAGUUGCGAACGGAAACCUCGACGAGGACAUCGUGAAUGCCAGUCUUGAAAGAAUCGAAAAACUUCAAAAAAAGCUACCUAAAUGGUCAGAAAUAUUCCCCCAGGGCCUGCAGUCCGCACAAGAAGCUCCGUCUUUGUUCAGAGAACAAAAUCCAACCGAGUGGAUGAUGCAUCAGAAACUUUCCAAGCAAGCAUACAAGAAAUCCAUCACUCUCGUUCGAGAUUACGCCGAAUCACUUCCAUUAACAAAACACCUACAGAAAGACGACAACUUGCUACUUUUGACUCCUCUUCUUUCUCCCAUGUACACUCUGGAAAGUGAGGAAGGAGAAAAAGAAAAGAAUUUUUAUCCUGGUGAAGAAGUAUUUCAAAAAUUCGGAGACCUCUUGGCGAACCAUAACCCUAACAAUACCUUCAAUGUCCUCCACACCACCUACACUGCAAAUGGACUCACUUCCUUACAUGAAUCGUUGAUAGAGAGCUCGAAAGCCGUUAUUGUCGUGACAUCUGAAGCAUCGAGAAAUAUGUAUCAGAUGGGCAUUGUCAAAUAUGCUUCGAUUUUGUGUGGUGCCAAUCCUUCCUCGUUCAACAGCAACAACUCUGCGAACCCCGACACUUAUACCCAUCUUUCGAAGCCACUCAUUAUUGUUGCAACUCUGACGCCAUAUGACUUCUUCUACAAUAAAAAUAUUGGAAGUGCAUACUUGUGCUGCUACGACUAUACGGAGAAUGUGUUUGUGGAAUUAGUAUCUAUUUUAAUGGGUGAAGAUGCACCAGAGGGCUGUAUACCAGGUGAGAGAAAGUUCAUAAGCCGAGCGAAAAAGAGAAGGAUAACAGACGAAGACCUGAUGACGAAAUCUAGGAAAAGCUCGGUUCCUCAACGCAAGUGGCUUGUGGACGAAUUUUCACUCGAAAGAGAUUGGAAAGGUUUGGUCACUCUUUGGAAGAACAAUGGCCCUUUUCUACAAGGAGACAGCGGCACCCGCCCGGAUACCGUGGAUUAUCAAAGUUUGGCAUUUUUCAAGAGACUUUAUGUGCUCUUAUCGUCGGCUCCGAAUCAAAAGCAUUUUGUUGUAAGGAACUCUUCCUUUAAUAUUCUAUAUGGAAUUGUAUUGACUUGGAUAGACGAGUCUCAGAAUGUUCCGUUGGAUGGAGUGGUUAGAGAUGAGACCGAUGAAUCUUACAAAAAGGUUGGAAGUAUUUUGUAUAUUCUUGUGGACAAGACAAAACGGUUUCAGAGCAUAGGAAAAAAUCUUCAUGCCAGAGCAAUGAGACAUCUCAUACAGGUGGAAAAAUGUACCUCGGUGACCUUGGGAUGUUCUUUUCCUCUUUUGGCACUCCCAGGUACUGUUUCCGACAAAAAGGUGGUUUCAUUUUUCGAGAGUGAGUCGUGGGAAGUAAAGUCUACUCCAUUGAAAAAGAUUAUGGUGCUUCAUGAUCUUGGGUCUUGGCUGGUUCCAAAGAAAAUAUUCAGAGAGCUUAUGAUAGUUGGGGUUCGCUUUGAUAUUUGCAGCGACCCUGAAGAACUCUUGAGAAUGAUAUCUCGAAGCGAGCAGUAUUCGGAGACUCUACAUGUGAAGAACAUCUACUUGGAAGCCAUCAAAUAUGUUCAAAACCAAUCCACCUUCGAAACGAAGAUCAUUACAGCGCUCGAACCAACAAACCAGAAUGUUAUUGGCAGUAUUGUACUUUUCACCAACCGAUCGCAGAUGAGCAAGUUUUACCCUUUCAUGGAUGAGGUCUUGACAACGAAAUCUCCUCUGCCCACAAGCAAACAGGAAGUUGUAGGUGCAAUAAUGUGUCCUGUGAUUGACCCAUCAUAUUCCAAUUUAACAGAAAUAUUUAAGUUUGGGCUUAUUUGCAGUGGAAUCACUUUUUUGAAAUCGAUUUUUCACGAAAAUGAGAAUGUUGAAAUUUCACAAUGUAUUAUGUUGGGGGUCGGCGACGAUAAUAAAAGCAAUCUUGGCGGGAUCCAGGAGAUUGGUUUCCAGGAAUGGAAGGUAUUCACAGACAACUUUGAUACCAGAAUUGUUGAAAGACGCUUGAUGACGCAAUGA